AUGGCUGCCCCGCACGACCUUCCGAUGGAACUUCCCGUCAUCGACCUCGACGUCUACCUCCACCAGGACAUCGACUCGUCGCUCGUCCAAGACGAGUGCAAAAAGGCCGCCCAGGCCCUCAUCACCUACGGCGCCCUCGUCCUGCACGAUUCGCGCGUCUCCGAAGAUGACAACACCACCUUCCUCGACCUCUUGGAGGAUUACUUUGCGCAGCCCGAGGAGAGGCUCAGGGAGGACGAGCGGCCCGAACUCGGGUUCCAGGUCGGCGUGACUCUCGAGAACACCGAGAAGCCCAAGUGCGCCGUCGACGAACCAUGCCUCGACGUGAUCCAGAGACUGGCCGAGUCGGAGCGCCCGCUCGACAUCGCCGGACACGAGCCCGACCCCAAGUGUCGCUUCUUCUGGAGGAUGACGGAGAAGCCCCCUACACCACCGACCCCUACCGCUUCGGACCUGCAAAAAUAUGGCCAAAAAGACACGAUACUUGCAGGGUUCCACACCGACCUCAAUUUCCUGACCAUCCACGGCCGCUCUCGAUACCCCGGUCUCCACAUCUGGGCCCGCAACACUGGCAAGCGUAUUGCGCAGCUCGAGCACUUCACCGGCGGUCUCGUCAAGGCUGGGUUCCACGAAGUCGUGGUCAACGAACGAACCCUCGAUGUCAUCGCCCAGCGCAAGAUCAGCUACCCGGAUCGGCCUCUGGUCCGCAUCUCCUCCACCUUUUUCUGGCAUCUCUCCUCCGACUUUGACCUCGUGCCCCUCCCCGAACUGGCUGAAAAGGCCAGGAGUGUCCGCGCCGAGCAGGCCCAGUUAGGCAGAGACGAGGGAGAGGAGGUGGUGUAUCCGCCUCUCAAGGUGGGCAAGCAAGUUGAAAGUGAACUGAGGCACAUUGCAUUGCUGGCCUAA